CCUUCAUCCAGGACCAUGAAGGGAUUAACUGGCAGCCGCACCCAGCCUCAGCUGAGCUCAGGACACACUUGUGGUUUGGUGACUGAGGACUGUGAGCAUUCCCAUGACCAUAUGCACCAUGGGCUGGAUUCUAGGCAGUCAUACUUGCUCAGCCCCACCGACAGCUGCCAAAUGGACCAUCACCGCUGUUCGCCCAGGAGUUCCAUACAUUCUGAGUGCAUGAUGAUGCCCACGAUGCUAGGUGAGCACAUGUCUAGCAGCACCUUCCCCCGGAUGCACUACACUUCACAUUACGACUCCAGGGACGACUGUGCCAGCGUCACGCACACGGGCAGCAAGAUCAACCGCAUCCCGGCCAACCUGCUGGACCAGUUUGAGAAGCAGCUGCCUCUCCACCGCGACGGCUUCCACACGCUGCAGUACCAACGGACGUCCACCACCGCCGAGCAGCGGAGCGAGAGCCCCGGCAGGAUACGGCACCUGGUACACUCCGUGCAGAAGCUCUUCACCAAGUCACACUCCCUGGAAGGCGCCUCCAAAGGCAACGUGAAUGGCACCAAAGGCGACGGCCGGCAUUCGGACGACCAUCACCACAGCCAUCACCCGAAACACAGCAAGAGGAGCAAGAGCAAAGAGCGCAAGCCGGAACCCAAGCACAAGCCUGGGGCAACCGGCUGGUGGAGCUCGGAUGAUAACCUGGACAGUGACAGCACUUACCGCACUCCCAGUGCGAUGAGCCGGCACCACAUUGAUCAUAUCUCUCAGUAUUAUCCGGAAGGUGUUCAGGGAGCCUUCGGUGAACUCACCUUGAAGACGUCGAAAAGCAACAACGACAUCAAAUGCUCUGCUUGUGAAGGGCUACCCAUGACACCCGAUGGGAAGUUCAUGAAAAGAAGCUCCUGGUCCACCCUGACCGUGAGCCAAGCCAAGGAAGCCUACCGCAAGUCAUCACUUAAUCUGGAUAAACCUCUGGUUCAUCAGGAAAUAAAACCUUCCCUACGGCCGUGCCAUUACCUCCAGGUGCCCCAGGAUGAAUGGGCAGGAUAUCCACUGGGAGGCAAAGAUGAGGAGAUUCCUUGCCGGAGGAUGAGGAGUGGCAGCUACAUUAAAGCCAUGGGAGAUGAAGAAAGCGGAGAGUCUGACACGAGCCCUAAAGGUUCACCAAAGGCAGCGACUCUCCAUGAAACUCUAAUGAAAGCUGCUGGUCAGAGAGCAAUUGAUCAACAAAAGUAAGAACAUCAAGUCCAGAGCUACCUACAACCUGCAACCGAAGUCACCAACCACAGCCUAGAUCCCGCGGCCAACUACAACUCCCCCAAGUUCCGCUCCAGGAAUCAAAGCUACAUGCGAGCUGUGAGCACCUUUAGCCAGGCUAGCUGUGUCAGUCAGGUGAGUGAAGCGGAGGUGAACGGUCAGUUCGAGUCGGUGUGUGAGUCCGUCUUUGGUGAGAUUGAAUCUCAAGCAGUAGACGCCUUGGAUCUUCCCGGCUGUUUCCGGACACGGAGUCACAGUUAUCUACGCGCUAUUCAAGCCGGCUAUUCACAGGACGAUGACUGCAUACCUUCAAUGUCGUCCACGGCUUUGGCCUCCACAGUCCGCUCCACCACAGCAACUUGCACUAAUUAUAAGAAGACCCCACCUCCUGUCCCCCCACGCACCACCUCCAAGCCAGUGAUUUCAGUGACAGCCCAGAGCAGCACGGAAUCCACUCAGGAUGCAUAUCACGAGGGCCGGUCGCGCUCCCCCUGGCCACAAGAAGGCAGAAUUAUUUACAACUCCACGGACAGCCUGGAUAGCACCAAGGCAGUGAAUAUCGCAUUGGAGUCAGCAGCUGCACAGCACCACGCUGCCAGCGAGAGCAAAAACAGCAUGGUGCUGACCAGAGACAAGGGCAUCUUAGCCCUCGAUGUCACGAAGGCAGAGCAGUAUCUGAAGAAGCGACGAUCCUCCAUAGGGAUCCAGGUGGAUGCCGUGGAGACAACAGACUCAGAUACAGACAGCAAAGGCCUCCGGGAGUAUCACUCAGUUGGAGUUCAGGUCGAAGAUGAGAAACGGCGAGGGCGAUUUAAACGUUCGAACAGCGUGACAGCGAGUGUUCAGGCUGACCUUGAACUGGAAGGUUUCCCCAGUCCUGUGGCCACCGAGGACAAGGGUCUUCAGUUUGGUAACUCAUUCCAGCGGCAUUCUGAGCCCAGCACCCCUACCCAAUACACUGCACUUCGAACUGUGCGCACACAGGGUUUGCUGAGCUACAGAGAGGACUAUAGAACACCCAUCGACACAUCUAACCUACCACCCCCUGAUCCGUGGUUAGAAUCGACCCAUCAGCCUGUGGAAGCGGGACAUAUGUCUCCCUGUCGAAGGGACGGGCAGUGGUUCAUGAAGCUGCUGCACGCGGAGACAAAGAGGAUGGAAGGAUGGUGCAAGCAGAUGGAGAGGGAAGCGGAGGAGAACGAUCUGUCUGAAGAAACUUUAGGGAAAAUUCGGAGCGCUGUUGGAAGUGCCCAGCUUCUCAUGUCCCAGAAAUUCCAACAGUUUUACUGGCUCUGUCAACAGAAUCUGGAUCCCAGUGCGAUGCCAAGGCCAACCUCCCAGGACCUAGCAGGCUUUUGGGAUCUCCUUCAACUUUCCAUCGAGGACGUCAGCAUGAAGUUUGACGAGCUGCACCAGCUGAAGGCAAAUGACUGGAAACCUAUUGAUCCGCUUGAAAAGCAGGAGGAAAAGAAGGUUCCACCUCCAGUACCAAAGAAGCCACCCAAAGGGAAAAUCCCUAUCAUGCGGGAGAAGUCUCUGGAGCUUCCUGACAGGCAGCGGCAGGAGGCCCGAAAGCGGCUGAUGGCUGCCAAGCGAGCGGCCUCCUUCCGGCAAAACUCGGCCACGGAGCGCGCAGACAGCAUCGAGAUUUACAUCCCAGAGGCACAGACCAGGCUUUAA